UUUUAAUUUACCCAAUCAGUAAUCAAAAGAAAAAACUAACAUUCCUAACAUAUUUAUGUAAUUAAUUAAUUAUUCACAAAAAGUAGAGCAACUAUGAUUAAAAUUUAAGUUUAAUAAGUAAAUAAAUUUGGAAAUUGUCAAAUAAUGUUACCUUACAUUAUCAAGAAAAGUAUAACUUUCAUGAAACGAAGAUUUGAAAAAAAUAAUUGAAUUAUAGGCGUAUAACAACAACAACAACAAAGUUACAAAUUUCAUAAAUACCCUAAUUAAUUUGAGUUUUGUUUAAUAGGAUUUUAAUUGGAAUAAUUUUUUAAAAUGCAUUUAAGUUCAAAUAUUUCAAGUGCUUUGCAGCACAUUGAAGCUGUAAAAAAGGCUAUAGAUGAAUGUGACGAUCCUAAGUUACAAAUGGCUACUGCAGAGAGUUUGAAAACUAUGCUGGAUGUUUUGGAAUGCCCAGUUUUCAGGACACUCGUGCAAAUUCAAGAUUCUUUAUGUGAACUAAAUCGACAGUUAGUCCAACAUCCCUCAAUGCUACCAAAUGAUUUUGACAUUGAUAUAUCAGGAAACUUGAUUCUCAAGGUGCCACAGUCAGUUGAUUUAUUCGAGCCAGAAUACCCAGAUGAACAACGUGUGUCAUCUGCUCAAAUGUCUCCUAGAAGUCUUAACAGUCCACUAGCCCCCUGUGGAUAUUUGCAAGAUACUAAAUUAGAUGAUCAGGCGCCAUUUAUUAAAAAAGCAAGGGGUUAUAAUGACCUAUCUCGAAAUACGGAAGAAGAACGACCACAAUCAGUUGUUAGUAAUUCUUCUAGGCAUGCUUCUGAUCUCUUUUCAACAGAGUGGACUCAAAUUCAAGCAAUUGAAUUAGUAAAUGACGGAACGGGAUUGGGUUUUGGUAUUAUUGGUGCUCGUACGGCAGGUGUCACAGUCAAAACAAUUUUGCCUGGUGGAGUGGCAGAUCGUGAUGGCCGUCUUCGUAGUGGUGAUCAUAUUUUGCAAAUAGGGAGUGUUAAUCUUCAUGACAUGGUUUCAGAACAAGUUGCGUCAGUUUUACGGCAAUCUGGCACUCAUGUACGUUUGGUUGUGGCACGUCCAGUUGAACAAAUAUUGCCAAAAUAUGAGUUAGAGCUUAAUUGUGCAAUUGUCCCUUCUAGAGUUGUGCUGGAUCCUAAUGAACUCGAAAGGUAUUUAAUAGCUGCCGGAUACCCAGACAUAUUUGGAGAAAACUCUACUCCUUCCACUCCGCAGGAGGGAUGCGAAGUUCGAUUUUCUUAUAACGAUAAAGAUAUGACUAAAAGACCCCCGAUGGCCGUGCCAAUAGAUUUAGAUGACAUAGCUUUACCUGAAACCCAAAAAUUUGAAGUCGAAUUAACAAAGGAUGUUAAUGGUCUUGGUAUAACAAUUGCUGGCUACGUUUGCGAAAAAGAGGAGCUGUCUGGAAUUUUUGUUAAAAGCGUUUCUCCAGGCAGUGCGGCGGAUCUAAGCGGAAAAAUUCGUGUUAAUGAUCGAAUUAUUGAGGUUGAUGGUAAAAGCUUGCAAGGAUUUUCAAAUCAUCAGGCUGUAGAUGUUUUAAAGAAAAGUGGUCAGGUUGUUAUAUUGAGAUUAGAGCGAUAUUUACGAGGACCUAAAUAUGAGCAACUUCAACAAGCAAUUGCAGCCAAUGAAAUAAAGCUACCAAGUCUACCUGCCACUCCUUCCCGUCUGCCAUUAGCAAUCCCUCAGCGAAGAAGCUCUAUUGGUAGCAAAAUUCAAUCAUCUGAAGAUCAAGAUUCAUCUGAAACUAUAUCAAUUGGUCAUACUAUGUCUAUGGAAAGGAAAAAAAAUAUUGCCAAAAAAUCAAUAGAUGAUGAACUAAAUUUGCAUGAUAAGGGAAAAAAAUUAGUUAACACUCGAGAUUCCUUAGAGCAACCAAUUAAAGGAACAGUCGAUACCUGCCUUGAUUUUAAGUCAGAUAGUUUUGACCGGGAAAACAAGGAACUGGUUCACUCCGCCAAAAAUCAAGCUUUAAUAGCUAAACAUAAAUAUUAUGUUGAUCCUGAUUUGACUCCUGAAAUGGAAAUUGGAAUCAUUAGAAAAUGGAAGCAAAUUGUUGGAAUGGAUGUCAAAAUUAUAGUUGCCCAAAUAAAAAAAUUUGCAGUGUCUAGCGGUCUCGGUAUAUCUUUAGAAGGAACGGUAGAUGUUGAAGGCGGGCGAGAGGUAAGACCCCAUCACUAUAUAAGAUCAAUUCUACCAGAAGGUCCUGUAGGACAAAAUGGUUUAUUGAAAUCCGGUGAUGAACUGUUGGAGGUAAAUGGCCAAAGACUUUUAGGUAUGAACCAUCUUGAGGUAGUGGCAAUUUUAAAGGAGCUACCACAGGAUGUUCGCAUGGUGGUCGGCCGUGGUAGAAGUGAGCUAUCUUCUCUUUCUAUGGACAAAAAUGCAACUCCAGUUUCCAGUGUUCUAGAAACAAAAAAACAAAAUUUAGAUUUGUUCAACGCCACCCAUAAUUUGCUACCAGCAUCAGAACGAUUAGUUAAAGCCAAGUCAGAUGGAAGUCUAGCUACUGCCGGUAACGGUACUGAUGAAGCAUUUUCAAAAUUAAAAUCUCGUUCGCUUGAACCAUUGACUGGAUUAGCAAUGUGGAGCUCUGAACCACAAAUUAUUGAAUUGGUUAAAGGUGAAAGAGGUUUAGGAUUUUCCAUUUUAGAUUACCAGGAUCCCUUAGAUCCAAAUGAUACCUUAAUUGUUAUACGAUCACUUGUCCCUGGAGGGGUAGCUCAGUUAGAUGGACGGCUUAUACCCGGAGAUCGAUUAUUAUUUGUUAAUAAUAUUAAUUUGGAAAAUGCAUCAUUAGACCAGGCUGUACAAGCAUUAAAAGGUGCUCCAAAAGGAAUUGUUAGAAUAGGUGUUGCUAAACCGUUACCGAUGACUGACAAUUCAGUUAAAUCUCAUAAUGGUAACAAUACAGAAAAUAAUAUUAAUACUAUGCCAGUAUUAAAUGUUGGUCAGCAUAUCCGAAAUGAUUUAACAGCAGAUUGAAAAGAUAAAUAAAAUGUUAUAAUUUUUUUCUAAAUAGAAUUUAUUAGAAAAAUUUAUGUUAUUUACAAACGUUUUAUAAUUUAAGGAUAGAAAUUUUUGUUGUUUCAAAAUUGUUCAGAGAAUCUUUAUUGCGUGUUUGAUAUAUUUCAUAAAUUAAAUGUUUUUUAAUAAAAAAAUAAACUUUAAAAUGAAUGUCAGAUAACUUAAUCUUGACAUUUUUUAUGUUAUACUAAAAAUGUGUGUAUUCCACUAGAUUAAAUUUAAUAUCUUUAUUUUUAUGUUAUAAUAAUAUGAAAGUAUUCUAUUAUAGUUUUAGUUAUUGGAAUAAAGUGUUCAGUUGGUAACAAUGCA